AUGCCGUAUUCCAUGCUGAAAAAAACGAACAUACCGACAGCCUACGGGACAUGGCAGUGCUGCGUAUGCACCUGCUCCCCGGCAUCGCCUCGUAAAAGACCGAGGCCGAAUCCGCGAUUCGCCCCGCUGUCGAGAACCUACGCCGAUGUCAAGUCAGACAGUCACCAUGAAUACAGGGACAGUCUGAACUGGCCCUGUCGGAAAAUAACCCCGUGGACGCCAUCACCAUACGAGAUAUUUGACCUGGCGAGGGAUGCGGUUUACUCUAAAAAGAGGUUUUAUGAAUUGGUUAAGAUAUACCAUCCCGACAGGCAUGGGAUAGAUCCUUCUGAGGGGAUCAGUCAUGGUGAGAGAUUGGAAAGAUAUAGACUGGUCGUGCAGGCACAUGAGAUAUUAUCGGACCCGGUAAAGAGACGAGCCUACGAUGCGUCCGGGGCCGGAUGGAGUUCGAGUCGAGCAGCUAACCGACAUUCACGGGGUUUCACCAACGGUCAAGGCAAGAGCUACGGGUUUGGUCCAGAUGACGACUCAUCCAUUUUCCAGAACGCCACGUGGGAAGAUUGGGAACGGUGGUACCGACGACACGAUAACCCGGAUAAACAACAAUACUCGGGCACCUAUGUCCAUCCAAACACCUUUGCGUCGAUCGUUAUACUAUUUGCCGUUUUCGCCGGUGUCUUCCAAGCGACCAGAGCCGGCCAGUAUUCCGGCCGAUUCGAAGAAAAGGCGAAGGCUCUCACGGAAGAGACAAGCCGGUUCCUCGCGUCGAGAGCGGAAGAGUAUCAAGAGAACAAACUGGAUGUGGCUGGGCGGAUCAAACAUUUCCUGGCGAAACGUGAUCCAUCAAAAGCUGGCUUGAAAGAUGCAGAGACCGAGGCAUAUCGAAAGCAUUUUGCUGAAUCUGAUCCGACACCGGUGUCACGGUUAGAGAACGAUUGA